AUGGCUUCUAAUCCUUCAAUUUCGUCCAUUCCUUUGAAUUCAAGUAGUCAUUCUCGGUCCGGGAAUGAGAUUGUACCUGUUGCAGCUACACAAGGAGAUGAAGAAGUUGAGACUCACGAUCCCGGCAAAUUGAAGAAGGGGGCUGCAAAGAGAAAGCGGGCACCGGCACAAAAACAACAGAAACCUCCUCGAAGCUGGGUUUGGGAGCAUUUCACCAAGGAGGAGCACCCGCUUAUGGGGAUUGUUGAUGGAGUUGAGCAGCAAGUUGGGCACACCACAAGAGCACAGUGUAAGUAUUGUCCAACUGACCUUGCAUGUAAUUCAACUAGUAAUGGAACUAGUUCUCUUAUAAAACACAUCGAAAUUAUAUGCAAGAAAUAUCCGGGUAGAAAUCAGUUGGCAGGGGGUCAAACUCAGAUUGUAGGUGAUGAUUUAGAUGAUACUAUAACUGCUAGGCAGUGGACUGAGGAAGGUUGCAUUAAAGCUGCUACUGUUAUGAUAGUCAUGGAUGAAAUGCCAUUUAGUGCCAUAGAAAGACCCGGGUUUAGGUACUUCUGUAAGGUGGCUAUUCCAAAAUGGAAAGUUCCAUGUAGGAAAGUGAUAGUGAAAAAUUUUCUGAAAAUGUAUGAGACGAAGAAGGAAGAGCUGAAAAAGGAAUUGAGCUCUCAUUGUGUGUGUUUGACAACCGAUACUUGGACAUCAGUUCAGAACAUUAACUAUAUGGUUUUAACUGCCCAUUUCAUAGAUAAUGGGUGGAAAUUGCACGAAAGAGUUAUCAAUUUCUGUGUGAUCCCAAAUCAUCAGGGAAUUACAAUAGGAAAGAUUUUGGAGUCGUGUUUGAGGGCUUGGUCUAUUGACAGGGUGUUAACUAUUUCUGUGGAUAAUGCUUCUGCAAAUAAGCAUGCAAUAGACUAUAUUAGGAGAAAAAUGAACAGUUGGGAAAAGAGAAUUAUUUUGGAUGGUAAAUUUCUGCAUGUUAGGUGUCUAGCACACAUCAUCAACCUUAUUGUGAGGUCUGCAUUACAUUUAUUGGACAAAUCUGUUGGUAGUAUCCGAAAUGCAGUUAGAUAUGUCCGAAGUAGCUCAUCAAGGUUGGAUGCAUUCAAGGCUUGUUGUCAAAAGGAGGAUGUUGAAUCGAAGAAGAUUUGUGUGUUGGAUGUUCCAACAAGGUGGAAUUCCACCUACAUUAUGUUGGAUACAGCUUUAAGGCUUAGGAAGGCAUUUGAUAGGCUGCAAGAUGAUGAGGAUGUGAAGUACACGAGUUACUUUGAUGAAGAAGAAGAGCCGGUUGAGGAGGAUGGUGAUGAACCGGAUGAUUUCAGUGUGCCUUUGUCUCAAUUUAGGAGCAGGGCAUCUCGUAAGAGAGUCGGACCACCUAAUAAGCAUGAUUGGGGAAAGGCAGUGGUGUUCACAAAGUUUUUAAAGGUGUUUUACGAGGUUACUUUAAGAGUUAGUGCCACAAAACACCCUACCUCACCUCAUGCUUUCCAUGAUAUUGUUGCGAUACAUGCUGAAAUUGAAGACUUGUUUACGCAGCCUACAGAUGGUGAUGCAAGUGAGACACAAAAAGUCCUUUUUCAGAUGGCACAGAAGAUGAGGGCUAAGUAUACAAAAUACUUCAGAAAGCUUGAGGACAUUAACCAGCUUUUGUUGGUUGCCUUGGUUUUGGAUCCUAGGUAUAAGCUAAGGAAUGUUGAAAGGACAUGCAAAUGGAUGUUGAACAUGGAAGAUUCCGUAGUGAAGCAGAAGAGUAGUGAGUUGAAAGACUUGGUGGUGACUCUAACUGAUCUGUAUGCCUCUUCUAAUGGUGCUGCAAAUUCACAAAAGACCAAGUCAUCAUCUGACAUGACUCAAGUUGGUGGCAGUAGCAGUGUGAGUGGCAAGAUGGCAGAUAUGCUUAGGGAUUGGGAGAAAGAGCUUGAAGAUGGUGAUGUCGUUGUUGUGAAUAAUGAGGUUGAAAGAUACCUUCUAGACCCUAUAGAAAAGCCCGCUAAAGGCACUGAAUUCAAGAUGUUGACAUGGUGGAAGCUAAAUGGCCCUAAGUAUCCCAAUCUGCAAGCCCUAGCUAAAGAUGUUCUUGCCAUUCAAGUGUCAACCAUGGCUAGUGAAUCCACUUUCAGCACUGGAAAGAGGGUUAUAGAUCCUCACAGGAGUUCUUUAACCCCAAGAUCAGUUGAGGCUUUGAUUUCCCUUCAAAAUUGGCUAAAAUCAGAUGCCAUUACCAACUUGGCUUAUGUUCCUACUCCGGAGGAAAUGGAAUGGUUUGAAGAGGUUGAACAAGAACAAGAUAAAGAAGAAAGAGAGAGGAAGAAGAAGAAGAAGGAUAGGGAGGCUACUGCAUCUACAAAGGCAAGGAAAGUCAGCAGGGCAUCCACAAGCACAGAUGCGGCAAAAGCCAUCCAAGUGUCUGCUUGA